UACAGUGUCCCUUGCUGCAAUCUUUUUUUUUUUCUUUUUUUUUCUUUUGAAGUUCAUAUUUUAUUUUACUUCAUCUGGAAUGUUAUCAGUUGGUCUCCAGCUAGGAUCCUCAUCAGAAGUAUUUUGCAUCUAAAUGUCUGUAACUUAUGACCUCCAGGACGGAAGAAUGUGAUAAUUGUGUGCUGGCUAUCUGGGAGACGGAGAAGACUGUUGUGCUCUGAAUCUUGGCUUCUAGUUUGGAAGUAUAGCCGUCUCGUAUAGUUUCAGCUCUAGCUAUCGAGGAUUGUAGACCAGUACGACCAGCACAGGAACAGAUAGGUUGCUGCAUAUUUUCCAGAUAGAAGCAAUCAUUUUGGUUUCUGCUACAUAAUGGGUGCACUCCUUUCGAGGUGGAAGGCGAAGCCUUCCACUGUUGAAAUUCUGGAGAACAUGGAAAAGGAAAUCCUGUCUUUAGAAGAGUUUCAGGAUAAAAAUCAGAAGCUGCGGAAGACUUGGAUUAGAAGACUGGUUUUUUAUUCCCUAAUUAUUUACCUCGUCACAUGUGUCAGCGUUUACCUGUGGUACCUUCCUGAUGGAUUAACACACAGACUCCUCACAGUUCUUCUGUUUCUGCUGUUCCCAGUAUUGAUAUGGUUCGUUAGAAAGCUGCUUAUUGUAUGGUUCUCCAAACGAACAGAAAGAAAUAAUGAGGCACUAGAAGACUUAAAAGCACAGAAGAAGAAAAUUCUUGAGGAAGUGAGGGAAAAAGAAACUUACAAAGCUGCUAAACUGAUCCUAGAAAGAUUUGAUCCAGACACAAAGAUCAAGGAACUUGAACUUUCAGUUUCUGAUGUACCGAAUACACCAAGGCCUGGCCAAGAUCUGCGCCAGAGGACGGCAGCUCAAAGAAAUAUAAGUGUGUCUACCCCUGUAAACUCCAGCCAGGGAUCUCCGCAAGUUCCAGGGCUGUUGGCAGCGACUCCAGGUCUUCAAAGGGACACUUCAGCUCCUGGUGGACCCCCUGAGAGGAAUAUUCAGCAAGGAUUACAGUCAGGCCUCGUAGCAAGACGCCCUGGAUCGCCUGCCACUGUGAUAUCUGGAAUGGCUAUACAUCCACCAGGGCCUCCAUUGGCUAGGCCAAUCCUUCCACGAGAGAGGGGUGCGCUGGAUAAAGUUGUUGAAUACCUAGUUGGCGAUGGUCCUCAGAACAGAUAUGCCUUGAUCUGCCAGCAAUGCUUUUCUCAUAAUGGAAUGGCGCUCAAGGAAGAAUUUGAAUAUGUUGCUUUCAGAUGUGCCUAUUGUUAUUUCCUGAAUCCUGCCAGGAAAACGCGUCCACAAGCACCCAGACUUCAAGAGUUAAAUCUUGAAAGAAGGCCAAGAAUGGAUUCUCCGGGUUCCACUAGUACUAUGCAGAUUGCCACAGAUGAAUUGGAAGACAAAGUAUCCUCAGACUCCUCAGAGACUGGCGACACCCCGGAUGCUGAGGAACACAUUGAAGAGGAGAUUCAGUGCACUGAGGAGUUGAGUGAUAAAACUGAAAAAGAAAGUGAUGAAACGCCUGCAAAGGAAAUAAAAACGCCAGUUAAUGUAAAAGCGAAUGAAAGUGAAGAUUCUCUCAUGGAAACGGAAUGAAUAUCCCGCGUGCCUCCCUUAUUUUAUGGCAGCUUAGGCCUCACACGUUGUUUCUUGAGGAAUACAAGGAAUAAAACCUCUUAUAACUCGUCCUAGCUAGAACUGCCUCACUUCCAGAAUAUUGUGCCAUAUCUAUUGGACAUUUGCAGCUGUAUAGCACUUGGAAUGUAUACUUGACAUUUAUUGUCACACUAGCGUUGGCCUACGCGUUGGCCUGACUUAUCACCUACCAUGGAGAAAAUAUACCCAACACAGUUUUUUAUUUCCAUUUGAGUAUUUUAAGGUAAUAAGCUUGCAGGUUUAUUUAUUUUACAUGUAGCAGCAAGAAAGCAGGGUAUUUGGGUAAACUGGUUUUGUAUUGGGGAGAUAUUUUAAUUGCAGAUGUAUACAAAAUGUCUGAUUGGAAAAACGGAGACUACUGUUGGGUACCUUGUGUGUAUUUACAAACGUCACAAAAUACAACGCAGUAGAUGUAUUGUGGUGUUAUUAUAUAAGGAAAACAUACAGUAGUAUUUAUAACACCUACUUGGUAGGUUAAGUGUGGGUGUCCUCCUGUAAUUGGCUUACAGACCAGCUACAUGCAUUUGCAAUUUGGUUCAUGUUUACAUAAAAUAACCUAGGAAGAGCUCAUAAUGUACUUGAAGACUGAACUAUAUUUAUAAUUGUACAAUGAUGGUACGUAAGUCAGUUGUCGUGCCUUUUGUGAGUUGUUUUUUCUUUCUUUAUGUCUUUGUUUUUGUUUUAUUUGUUAAGUGUAAAUAAAGUCUGAUUUGGAUAAA